CGGGUGGGAUGUCGGAUGGACAGGAGGAGGCGUGCGAGCACGUGGGAUGCGCCUUGUCCGGAAAAGGAAAGUGCGGCAGCCGCGCUUGGGCAGGCGUCCGCCACAGCCGCUCUUUGUGUGCCACAUCCGGCUAUCUCAAAGGCAGCUCACACUGGCCCAACACUGCCCAGAUGAGCGCGUCGCAAAUUUCAUCUGUCGGCCUGCGUGCGACUAGCCGCAGACUCCUGUCUUUCUUCCCAACUGCGAGUCCCAUUUGAUCCGGCUCAUCCACCUGAUGUGAUAGCCCCUUCAUACUUACGCAGGCCUCGGUGCGAGCUUCCCAUAAAUCGCCUCUCCUCUCCGAGGGAAUGAAGGCGCUAGGGAUCUCAUCUUACGGAAGUCCUCCAGAACAAAAAGACAGCCUGACGUGGGACCCAAGCCCCAACGGGACUGGCGGAACCUCUUAAAGCAGUUACGUAUGUAGGUGUCUGUCGGACCGUUCGUCGUCCUGCGGUAUGUCACUCCGAUCGCCUCUCGCUGCUCUGCGGAACCUAUGCCUCGGGACCGCCCACUCUUUCUCGACCGCCUGCCCCCGUGUCCGCCACGCCCCCGGUGUCCCACAAAAGCUGCACUCAACGUACGCCCAUCCGGAGGGUUUAUACGUGCUAUGGGUCGCUUCCAGAAAACCUGGACCUGCAGGAGAAGCACUGCUUCCCGGCGCUCACCGCCCGUUCUGCGCCCGGAGCCUCAGUCUGGCCUGCGAGAUUAUUAGACUUUGUGUUGCAGACCUAUUGCUCACCCUGUGGUCCCUCCACCCAUGGAGAUCGUUCCUGCUUGUUAUUUUAGAACUUGUUCGCGGCGUCUUCCCUGCGUUUCGCGGUUAUUCACAAGCCUUGCUUAUCAAUGAGCUUCAAUCUCUUAUAUCUUCCAGUAAUACCUCAUGGACGUGUAUAACUCGCCAUGUAGGCGUCGAAUUAAGUCGACUCGCCCUCGAGGCUCUAAUUGAUGCCAUUGCCACAGAAAACGAGAGCAUCGUCUAUGGAUCAGCGAAAUUCACGCUCGAAUACAGACAAAUGGAGAAGCGUCUCAAACUCGACCUCCCGACCCUAGCGGACCCCGAAAUACGCGAUUUAUUCCGCGAGUCAGACCUAUUCGUUCGCUCCUUCGGCGGGAUGUCGAGCUUUGGUCUCUUCUCCACGUUCGACUUCAUGCGGAUAUUGACCUCUAUCUCCGAGCUUCUCUCUCACGCCCUCGUCCUAUCGUCCUUGACAUUUAGUAGGCCCCACCUAACGGCCUUUUGCUUCUCCGUCGUGACAUCUUUGCUACCGCUCAUCCUUCGGACGGCGAGGGCACACGGCUCGUGUCUUGACGAGACGAUGGACCCUCAAGAAUCCCGGGCUAUCCAUAAGCAAGAGAAAAUGCGGUACCUAGCGCAAAGCGAGUCGUACCGGCAGGAAUUGAUAUUCUUCGGUCUUGGGCCGUGGAUCCUGCAGGGCUGGGCGAAGGCACGGAGAGCCGUACUUGGCUUGGAGCGACGGCAGACCGAGUGCGACGCGUCGUUACGGUGCCUCUUCUCUGUGGAUCUGUCGAGCUUCGCCUUGUUCAUGCAGAAUGUCCCCCUCAUGCUUCUAUACCGGUCACCGUCCGCGUCUCUCGGUCUCUUCACAUUAUAUCAAACAUCUGUGCAAGCAAUAAUUUUUACAACAGCAAACCUAAUCCAGUCCGUGAGGAUGGCGUACCAGGGGAUUUUUUUAAUGGGCGCGUUUUGUGCGGCUAUGGAGAUUGAGCCCGUCCUUCAGCCUAAGGGCCGGGAUGUCCCCUUUGAGAGCUCUGGGAAGGGGAUGAGGUUAGACAUCAAAAACCUCACAUAUACCUACCCAGGGUGCGAGACUCCCGUACUGCGCCAUGUCAGCUUGACUGUUGAGGCAGGAGAGACCGUGGCGAUUGUCGGGUUCAAUGGCUCAGGAAAAUCCACCCUCGCAAAAAUCCUGCUUCGCAUCUACGACUUCGACAGCGGGCAGAUCCUGGUCAAUGGCGUCGACAUAAGACACUACUCGCCGGAGGACUACCACUCGCGUUGUACGGCCGUCUUCCAGGACUUCGCGAAGUACAACAGUACUGCGCAGCAGAACAUCGGAGUCGGGUACAUCGACGAGAUGCGCUGCACCCAGACGUUGGAAAUGGCGAUGCGUCUCGCCGGAGCGAGAGAGACCGUAUGCUCGCUGCCUCUCGGCCUCAAGACGAAGCUCGACAUAGUGGGUCAAGACGGCGGUGCAUUCGAUGGCGACCAGCUCGUCCAGGGCGGCGGACCCGCGUACGGUUGUCAUGGCCUAUCCGGCGGCGAGUGGCAACGCAUUGCUAUCUCCAGAGCGUUUAUGAGGGCCAGCCGGCCAGAAGUUGAACUGCUUGUUUUUGAUGAGCCGACGUCUUCUCUCGAUGCACACGCGCAGAAGCGCAUCUUUGACAGCAUCGAAAAAAUAGCUUGCUCAGGCUCCAGCGAACGCAAGAAAAGCGUGCUCUUCAUCACCCACCGCCUGUCGACAGCUCGAAGGGCUGACAAAAUCGCCAUGAUGGAGAACGGCACGAUCUGUGAAUUCGGAACCCACCAGGAGCUGCUCAGCCGUGAUGGGAAGUACGCAGCACUAUAUCGAGCAUCGAUCUGACAAGAAGGCGGCGUGGAUUAGCUCCAUAUAGAGCGUAGUACCCUGAGUGAUGUAGAUGAAAGUUUAAAAGUGAAGGCAAAAUGUCACCUGUACGUGUACACAUGCGAUCGUAACGGAAAUAUGGCCUUCUCUUUUCCAAUGCGCCUCCUACAGGAAGGUGAUGUGCUGCUUCUCGCCCACGCAUAUAUAGUUUACGCAAAUUGAUACAUCGGUGGUCUCUAGACGGGUCCUUAUCCUAGGUCAUUACUGUAUGCGUUUGUAAGAGUUGAAGUAAGUCAAGAC